UAAUAAAAUCAGCUGUGACAGUUCACUUGACAUUACAAUUUUGCUCAUCUCUGUCAUUGCGUCGUUGGUAACACUGGACAGCAAUUAUUGUUGCAACAAAUGAAAGGUUCUUUAAUCUUACGUGUGAAAAUAAUUAAAGCUGUCAAAAGACAAAAAAGACUACACGUAAAGUUGUUGCACUGUUAAAAAAUGCGCCAGCAAUAAAACGGAUUGGAAGCACUAGGCCCUACGAAACGGUGAAAAAACAAUCAGUGUGUGCACAAAAAAAUAUUCAUAACAUUAAUAUUCUUACCGAAAAUCUAGAGACACGUUCCUCACGAUGAGACUGCCAAGCAUGAUGAGCAUAUUGUUGCUCCUUUUAGUCCAGAGCAGCCAGCUGUUGCGGGCGGAGCUACAGGGCCCACUCUCUGAAAUCGCCAGCGCGACAGCAAUGAACGAGCCCACGGAGUCCCAUAGUCAAACCAAUACUGAAGCCGAUGAAAUAACGACAGCCGAGAAAGAUGCUAAAGCCCCUCCCAUUGACCCGUCAUCGUCAGCAACAGCACCAGGGAGCAAUGACCGGAAGGCGUCCAAGCUAAAGGACACGGAAUUUGCGCCGCGCACAAAAGUAAUGCCUGCUGCAUUGUUUGAGCGCCUAUGGAAUGACAGUCUAAUGAAACAGCAAAAGCUAAAAGCUCAGAUCGAACUCAUUGAAGCGAGAACAACGCCCGCUGCCGUAGCCGAUUUAACCCCCGAGCAGAUGGAAGCUCAAGGGCUUUACGAGAAUGCCAUGGAAAUGCUGGCCAAGCCGCGCAGUGAUAAACGCGUUGCAUUAACACUGCUUCGCAAGGCAGCCGCUUUUAAUCAUCCCAAGGCACGCGCAGAACUGGCCUGGUCCGUGCUCUUGGGUCAUUGGAUGCCAUUUGAUUUUCACCAUGCCGCCGACGAGUUCGAGAGCUUGGCAAAUGAAGGUGUUCAUGAGGCUCAUUUAGGUCUGGGAUUCCUAUACUCGGCGGGAGUAGGUGGCAAGAAUGUCAGUCAACCACUGGCUCUACUACAUUACACGCUUGCUGCACUUGGCGACAAUACGCUUGCCCAGAUGGCCAUGGGCUAUCGGUAUUUGUAUGGCAUCAAUGUGCCAACUAGCUGUGAGAAGUCCUUAAUUCAAUACAAGCGUGUGGCUAAGAAGGUAGCAUCAAAGAUUACGUUCGCCAACGGGCCGGUUGUGCAUCGAGUCCGUCUGCUAGAUGAGCUAGAGAAUCCAGGCAGUCAUGAAACGGAAAUUGUAGACUAUUAUCAAUUGCUCGCCGACAAAGGCGAUGUGCAGUCCCAAGUAGGCUUAGGUCAGUUGUAUUACCAAGGCGGGAAGGCUAUUCAGCAAGAUCACCAAAAGGCAUUGGAGUAUUUCACGCUUGCAGCCAACGCAGGCAAUGCCAUAGGUUUUGCAUUUCUCGGCAAGCUCUAUUUGGAGGGUAGUGAGCAAAUCAAGGCGGAUAACGAAACUGCCUUCAAGUACUUCUCCAAGGCUUCUGAAAUGGGUGAUCCGGUGGGUCAAAGCGGUCUAGGGCUAAUGUACUUGAAAGGUCUUGGUGUGCCCAAAGAUUCCAUCAAGGCUUUGUCGUACUUUACACAAGCUGCAGAUCAAGGCUGGGUUGACGGACAAUUGCAACUGGGCACCAUGUACUUUACUGGCAAUGGCGUUAAGACAGACUACAAACUUGCGCUUAAAUAUUUUAAUUUGGCCACACAGUCAGGCCAUGUUUUGGCCUACUAUAAUUUGGGUAUUAUGCAUGCUUAUGGCAUGGGCAUGCUGCGAUCCUGCCCAGCUGCUGUUGAGUUCUUCAAAAACGUCGCAGAGCGUGGCCGUUGGAGCAGUAGAUUGAUGCACGCCUAUAGUGAUUAUAAACAGAAUCGCAUUGAUGAGGCGUACAUGCAGUAUUCCCUAAUGGCUGAAGUUGGCUAUGAGGUGGCGCAGAGCAAUGCAGCAUUCCUUUUGGAUCGAGAGGAGGUUCAUGUGUUUAACGAUCGACAUGAAGAUUUGAUUCGUGCAUUUUAUUAUUGGAAACGAGCUGCUGGCCAGGGUUAUUCAGCGGCUCAAGUGAAGCUAGGCGAUUACUAUUACUAUGGCUGGGGUACUAAAACCGAUUUUGAAACUGCUGCAGCUCUUUACAGAAAAGCUUCAGAUCAGCAAUACAACGCGCAAGCUAUGUUUAAUUUGGGUUACAUGCACGAGCAAGGAUUGGGCAUGAAGAAGGAUUGGCAUCUGGCUAAAAGAUUAUAUGAUUUGGCAGCAGAAACAAAUUCGGAUGCCAAAGUGCCUGUCGCUAUUGCACUAUUCAAGCUUCAGAUGUUAGCCAAGAUUGAGUCAAUAAAACAGUCGCCAUACAGAUUCAUCUUUUAUAUGGAUGAAAAUAUUGCUGCCAAUUGGGAUUUAUAUAUGAUUACCGUACUAACCCUGCUAUUGGGUAUAAUAAUGUACACUAGACGACCAUUCCAACAGCCAGAUCAACCUGCACAGGCACCCCAGCCAUUAGGUAAUGAUAUAGCAGCUGUUCCCGUGAAUACUGCACAAGCAGUUCCAUUAGCACCAGUAGGAGCCACAGCGACAGCAGCAGCAGCUUCCGCUUCCGGUUCUUCUACUGGAGCAACGGUCGUUACAGAAGUAUCCUCCACAUCCAUAACUACAACGACUGCAACCGUGUCUAGCAGCGAAUCGUCCAGCCCAACAAAUACGGCAAGCAGCUCAUCUGCAGGGACAAGCAGCAGCAGCAGCAGCAGCAAUACGCUCGAUCCCACUGAUUAGGCUUAACAAAUUGUUUAAUCAUCCCUAGUUUAAUUAGUGACCAUGUAAAUAUUUAUCAUCUAUUUUUUAUUAUUUCUG